AUGCCUAAGCUCUUGCGACGGCUUUCAGCAGACAUCGUUCGGCGGAGCUGGCGCGGUUCUCUCAUCUGUAUCCUUCCGCUAACGGGCAGGAGGGACGUGGAUUCGGACAAGGUGUCGACCCAAGUGCAAAAUAUCUCAUUUGGCCUCCCGUACCGUCCUCCACCUGAACCCGGCCCUCAUGCUCGUUUCACACAGCGAACAGGACAGCGUCCUCCUCGACCGACAUUUUCGACCUCCAAGCCCGGAUUCGCAGGCACCGCGUCCUUCUCCGCUGGUGGAUCUGCUGCUGCCUCGCAUUCGUCAUCGUGUCGCCCUUGGUAUCCGUCAUCGCCCGCCUUCACCUGCAUCGUCGAGCUUGCUGUACUUCCCAUUCGACAAUACGGUGCCGAAAUCUUCAUCUUCGCUCAGGACGCUACAGGCACUGUACUAGGGGUACAGAUAGCGAAGACGAGAGGUAUCUCAAUAGGGUUCGAGACGAAUGCUACUACUCGCCUGAUUGUAUAUAUCCCGUCAGGCAUAAUUUCCACCGUCAUCAUAGUGCGAAGUGGGCGGAUCUCGACAGAACCUCCAUUGGUAACGCUCGCCCUCAUUCUCGACAUCAUCACCACCUUCGGUUCCUGCGAGAAGGGCGACGUGCUGCUCGUCCCCGUUGGAACGCUGUUUUCUUUUGCUGAGUUUCAGCAGAGUAUGCCUGGUGUCGUGCUUGGCUUUGUCGUUGCAGGUACAGUAACGUCGUUGACUUUGUUAGUCUUCACCCCUGUUUCGACCUCCUAUCGUUAUCGGUUCGUACUUAUAGGCCUUCAGUUUCAACCAAAUUCAGCUCUAUUGAACCUUAUCAAUUCAUGCCCGAUAGGCUGCCCUCGCACUCGGUGCUUUCAUUCCCCUCCGAGCCGAAGAAAAAGCCGCAGAAACACAGCUGCGACCUGCUCAUUGAAGCACUUCCUAUAUAGGAUCGCCACUACCGUCUCCAAGUUUUACAUCUCGACAAGGUCAAGGGUGAUCCACGCUGGAAUUCCUGUUAACUGCAAGCGGAAGAGCAAGAAACAUCAGCGCGCCAACAAGCUGUUGAGCGACACCGUUGCGACAUCCAUCCCCCACCAACUAAAACCUCCUUUCUCUCCAUCUUCUUCCCCCUCUGCUUACAUUCAAUUCUCUCAACGCCGCAAGUACAAGGAAAUGGCACCAGUUACAAACGGACGAAUCAUCUUCAACUCGAUCCCUACGGGUUUUCCGGUACCUGGAGAGACGACUAUCUACGACACCACGGAGACCAUUGAUCUCGACACGGCACCUCUCGAUGGGGGAUUCCUCCUGAAGACACUCGAGCUGUCGGUUGACCCUUACAUGCGCGGCGGGAUGCGUGCCCCCGAGAAGAAGUCGUACUCAGCCCCUUUCACUCUAGGACAACCGCUUCGGGGGUAUGGUGUUGGUGUCGUUUUGAGGUCUGAAAACCCCCAAGUGAAGGCCGGUGAUCAUCUUUAUGGAUUCUUUGAGCACACACACUACUCGAUUCGUAAAGACCUGACGGGCCUCCAAGCCAUCGAGAAUGCGUACAACCUUCCCUGGUCGGUGUUUAUUGGUGUUAUAGGAAUGCCAGGCAAAACGGCAUAUAUGGCCUGGAAGGAGUACGCUCAUCCGAAGCAGGGUGAAACCGUCUUCGUCUCAACGGGAGCAGGCCCUGUUGGAUCCUUCGUCAUUCAACUCGCCAAAGCCGAUGGUCUGAAAGUCAUUGCCUCUGCGGGUUCGGAAGAAAAGGUCCAAUUCAUGAAAGAGGUUGGCGCGGACGUAGCCUUCAAUUACAAGACCACAAAUACGGCUGAAGUGCUGGAGAAAGAGGGCCCAAUUGAUAUCUACUGGGACAACGUUGGCGGCGAGACGCUUGAAGCUGCCCUGAAUGCUGCGAACGUCAACGCUCGAUUUAUUGAAUGCGGCAUGAUCUCGGGCUACAACAGUGGAGGGGCACCAGUCCGAAACAUUUUCCAUGUUAUCGGCAAGUCCAUCACCAUGACCGGUUUCAUCGUCAGCCGGAUCGAGCCCAAGUACAGCGCCGAAUUUUACAAGGAGGUACCUGCCAAAGUGGCUAGUGGAGAGCUCAAAUAUCGCGAACAUGUGUACAAUGGUCUCGAGAAGCUCGGCGACGUCAUCUUGGCGGUACAAAAAGGAGAGAACAAGGCGAAGGCUGUUGUCCAUGUGGCUGAUGAUUAG